CUUAUUUCCUCACCUCAACCCCAAUUUGAAUUUCCAGCGCAGGUCAUUUUACAAAGCUUAAUUUUUUCCCCGAAUGUGCAAUAAGCGCUACAAUUCUUAGUAACACUGGUUUCCUGGUGGUUUUGCGUUAUUAUCCAGGUGGAAAGUUUGGACUGGAGGGAAAACCCUAGUUACUAAUGUCAAUGAAUUAACCAUAAAUCGAUAUUCUUGGAAUGCAUCGUUCAUGGGUUCGGGUUCUUUCAGCCCGAAAAACUCGACCUGGCCUCGGUCUGUGCUCUAGAAUUGCCACUAUACAAACUUGUUUCAACGACCAAAUUAUCAGAUUUUCUCCAAAUGAAGAAAGAGUCCAUUCAAAUGCAGACCGUGAAUUUAAAUUAAAACCAGGAUCAGUAUUUAGUAACUUGUCAAUUAUCCGCAUUGGAGCAACACAGUUCAGUUCCAAAAAUGGAAGGUGUAUCUCUACAUUACAUACCCGUCUUUAUCAAAAAGCAGGGAAUUUCUGUACAUCUUCAGAACAAGAAAUGCAGGAGGAUUUGUUCGAGCCUGCUGCUUCAUUUUCUUCUGGUGGCAUUAAGAGUGAAAUGGAAGAGUUUGACAUCGACACCAAUGAUGCUGGUUGUGCUGGUGACAGAAAAGCUAAGCCGAUGCCCCGAAAAUCAAUUGAUUUCACUAAAAUUGAUAUUGACAAGCUUCCAACUGUUGUUAUUAUAGGACGCCCAAAUGUUGGGAAGUCGGCACUAUUUAAUCGAUUGACACGAAGGCGGGAGGCCCUUGUUUACAACACUCCUAAUGACCAUGUUACGCGGGAUAUACGAGAUGGGGUUGCUAAAUUGGGAGAUUUGCGGUUUCGUAUUUUGGAUUCAGCUGGCUUGGAAGCAGAGGCUUCGUCAGGUUCUAUUCUUGGCAGAACAGCAGCAAUGACGGAAACUGUAUUGGCAAGCUCCCAAUUUGCACUCUUCCUAGUAGAUGCAAGAGAUGGACUACAGCCCAUGGAUUUAGACGUUGGAAAAUGGUUGAGGAAGCAUGCUUCUGGAAUCAAGACUCUUGUGGUGAUGAAUAAAGCGGAGUUGCUUGAUGACAUCAGUGGUUCUCUAGCUGCUGCUGCUGGUGAAGCUUAUACAUUAGGAUUUGGCGAUCCCAUUGCUUUGUCUGCUGAAACUGGAUUGGGAAUGACAGAACUAUAUGAAGCUUUAAGGCCACUGCUGGAGGACUACGUGCUUCACAUUCUAAAAGAUGAGGAUAUCCACAAAAUUGGCUCUCGUGAGGAUGAGGACAUUGAGUCUAAGCUCCCACUACAAUUGGCAAUUGUAGGGAGGCCCAAUGUUGGAAAGUCGACGUUGCUAAAUGCAAUUUUGCAAGAAAAUCGUGUUUUGGUUGGACCUGAAGCUGGUUUGACUAGAGAUUCAAUUCGAGUUCAAUCUCAGUACGAUGGGAGAAACAUAUAUCUGGUCGACACUGCAGGUUGGUUGGGGAGGACAAAACAAGACAAGGGGGCAUCAUCUUUGAGCAUUAUGCAAUCAAGAAAACAUCUUAUGAGGGCGCAUGUGGUUGCUUUAGUUCUGGAUGCUGAAGAGAUUGCAAGAGCUAGACGGAGCAUGAAACACGCUGAAGUAGUCAUAGCGCGGCGAGCAGUGGAAGAAGGACGAGGUUUGGUGGUGGUUGUGAACAAGAUGGAUCUUCUAAAAGGGAAACAGAAUUCAAAGAUAUAUGAGAGAGUCAUUGAAGCUGUCCCUGAAGAAAUUCAGACCGUUAUACCCCAGGUCUCAGGGAUACCCGUGGUAUUUGUUUCUGCACUCGAAGGAAAGGGUCGGAUUGCUGUGAUGCGUGAGGUUGUUGAGACCUAUGAAAAGUGGUGUCUCAGAUUGCCAACAGCUCGUCUUAACCGCUGGUUACGCAAGGUUAUGAGCAGACAUUCUUGGAAAGAUCAGGCUGCUCAACCCAAGAUAAAGUAUUUUACUCAGGUGAAAGCCCGGCCGCCUACUUUCGUUGCAUUUGUGAGUGCGAAGAUGCAACUAUCAGAUACAGACUUGAGGUUCUUAACAAAGUCUCUGAAGGAAGACUUCAAUUUGGGAGGAAUUCCUGUCCGAAUAAUGCAGCGUACUGCACCAAAAAACUCCGAUGUUAAAACUAUUGUCAACAAGAACAGACCGGCUGCAGGAAGAAUGUCUGAAAGAGUAGUUUCCGACAAAAGAAGUAUAUCCGUGCUCUAGGAAACAGCAUUUGCGCUUAAAAUUAACGGUAUUUAAGUAACCCUUAUGAUUUUUGGAGAAAAUGGGACGACCUUGAUGACCUGGUAAUGUCUUACUGCCUUCGUCUUACUAGAGACAUGUUUGUAAGUUGAGUUAUACAGUAAGAGAUGUCAUGCAUGUUGGGAAUCUACUUAUACAUGCACAGCGGAAUUUAAAAAUUAUUUCGAUUCC